AUGCUGCUCACGGUACAGAGAUCCAUCAGACCACUAUCCAGCCUGCCGGGUGUCAGAAGGCUCCAUAAAUCAGCCCUUGAUGUGGUGGAGAGACCGGCCCUAGAGGAGACAGUGACCAGCAGCUUUGGACGCUUCAUCCAGGGUGUCCAGCCAAGGCAUCUUUCACCAGUGGUGCUCCAGAGAAGCAAACGUAUGGUGCUGGAUAAUAUUGGUGUUGGGCUUCUGGGCAGCACCACUGAGGUGUUUGAGUUGGCCCUGCAGUAUUGCCAGCAAAUGUACGCUCCAGAUGACAUCAGCUUCGUGUACGGGCGCAGCCGGACCAAGCUCUCCCCGACCUUGGCCGCCUUUGUUAACGGUGUAGCGGCUCACUCCAUGGACUUUGAUGACACAUGGCACCCGGCCACUCACCCGUCCGGCGCGGUGCUUCCAGCCCUCCUGGCUGUUUGCGACAUGUUACCCAAGAACAGCAAGCCGAGCGGUCAGGACUUCCUGAUGGCCUUUAACGUCGGUGUCGAGAUCCAAGGCCGCCUGAUGAGGUUCUCCAACGAGGCCCACAACAUUCCCAAGAGGUUUCACCCUCCCAGUGUGGUAGGCACAUUGGGCAGCGCUGCCGCCUGCGCCCGUCUCCUUUCCCUCAACCACUCUCAGUGCAGCCAUUCCUUGGCGAUCGCUGCGUCUUUGGCGGGCGCUCCAAUGGCCAAUGCGGCCACUCAAUCCAAGCCCUUGCACAUCGGAAAUGCCUCUCGCCUCGGUCUCGAAGCGGCCCUGCUUGCCUCCCGUGGCCUCGAGGCGAGCCCCCUGGUCCUGGACUCAGUCCCCGGAGUCGCAGGCUUCAGCGCCUUUUACGAAGACUACAACCCAAGUAUGUUAGCCUCUCCUGAAGAGCAGGAGCACACCUUCCUGUUGGAGACCCAGGACAUCGCAUUUAAGAGGUUCCCAGCCCACCUGGGGAUGCACUGGGUGUCUGACGCUGCUGCCAUCGUCCAUAAGGCUCUGAUGGGUGUCUCUGGAGGAAGCAUCGCACCAAGCUCUGUGCAGGAGAUCUUGCUGAGAGUGCCACGGUCCAAGUACAUUGACAGGCCCUUUCCCGAGUCAGAGCACCAGGCACGCCAUUCCUUCCAGUUCAAUGCUUGCAGCACACUGCUGGACGGUGAAGUCACGGUGGAAUCGUUCCACCCUGAAACGCUGCUGAGACCCGAGCUUCACGCGCUGCUGUCCCGAGUCCGAGUCGAGCACCCUGAAGACAACCUGGCAAACUUUGACAGCAUGUACGGUGAGGUCCAGGUCACUUUGGUGAGUGGUGACGUGUUGCUGGGCCACUGUGACACUUUCUACGGCCACUGGAGGAACCCGCUGAGCGAUGAAAGCUUGCGCAAGAAGUUCCGCGGCAAUGCGAGCACCGUGCUAACCUCAGCCAGGGUGGAGGGCAUCGUGGAAGCUGUGAAAGAGCUUGAGUUGUUGCCUGACUGCAGACCACUGCUGGAUCAGUUUCAGUAA